AUGAUGCAUCGCUCAUUUGUUUCCCUAUGCUUUAUACUCGGCUUAGCUGAUAUAGCUACCUCACAACAAUAUACUAGCAACUCGGAGUCUGCUUUCAAGCAAUUACAAACUUGGUACGAUACCACUUCGGGUCUCUGGAGUACUACAGGAUGGUGGAAUUCUGCCAAUUGUUUGACCGUCAUUGGAGAUCUGGCUGCCAUCGAUCCGAAUGUCAAGUCAACCAUCACUGGUGUCAUGUCAAAUACGUUUAUCCAAGCUCAAAAAUACAACUUGCAAAUGACGAAAGCGGUUAUGGCAAAUUAUAAUUAUCUAUCUAUGUACGGAAAUUCUAUGAGCGCCUUAAAGAACGUUGAUCUAGCGAAAAACAUUCCCGUCCAUGCGGCAACGACUGUGAAUCCCAAAGGGUUCUUGAAUGAUUACUAUGAUGAUGAAGGCUGGUGGGCAUUGGGUUGGAUUCAAGCAUAUGACGUCACAGGAAAUAACGACUAUUUGACCAUGGCCGUGGAUAUAUUCGCCGAUAUGAAAAAUGGCAGCACCACACCCUGCUCAAAUGGUGCUUCGGGUAUUUGGUGGGAUAAGUCCAACUCAUACGUUAACGCCAUUGCCAAUGAACUCUACUUGAGCGUAGCUGCUCAUCUUGCAAACCGUGCAACGGGAUAUGGUCAGGAGAAAUACUUGACCAUUGCGAAAAAGCAAUGGAACUGGUUCCAAGGGACAGGAAUUAUUAAUGCGCAAGGGACAAUCAAUGAUGGAUUAACGACUGCUUGUCAAAAUAAUAAUGGAACGGUUUGGAGUUAUAAUCAGGGAGUCAUACUCGGGGGACUCGUUGAACUUUCCACGGCAACAGGAAAGUCAAGUUAUCUCACCAGUGCGAACCGUAUUGCGACAGCGGCAAUCAAUGCACUCUCAGACUCAAACGGCAUUCUUCACGACUCAUGUGAACCGAAUUGUGGAGCAGAUGGUGCGCAGUUCAAGGGCGUAUUCAUGAGGAAUCUUCAGAGACUCUAUCAAGCAUCGCCUGACUCUAAUUACUUGAACCUCAUCACAAACAACGCAAAAAGUAUUUGGGCAAAUGAUAGAGAUCCGAGUAAUAAUGCGCUGAGCAUUAAUUGGGCGGGACCUUUCAUCGCGCCGGCGAAUGCAAGUACGCAUAGUUCUGCGAUGGAUGCUCUUGUAGCGGCAGAUGCAGUUGGGGGUGCAGGUACGAAGAGGAUGACGUGGGUUGCUUGA